AUCAUCAUGUCAUGUGACCAAAAUAAUGCUCACGUGACCCGAGGCCGAUCCUGACCAAUCAAAUUCAUCGUUACAAAGUUGGCGGGUUGUCAAAUUUGCUCAAGAUGGCGGCGCGCAUGGAUCACCAUCGUCGGAAGAAAGCCUGCGAUGUUCGGCCCGCAUACAGAGACGGUAGAAGCGAAAAAGCUGUGAAAGUGUACACAAUCAACCAGGAAUCAUGCUACCUGAUCAUCCAGGGCGUACCGGACAUCAAAGUCACCGAGGAGUUGCUCAAACUGUUCUCGUUGUAUGGCACGAUUGAGGAGUACCGGAUACUGGAGGAUUUCCCAGCUGAGGCAUUCACCAAAGUCUACUGGGUCAAAUAUGUUGAGUUACAAGCAGCAAGGGUCGCCAAACGUAAGAUGGAUGACAGACCCUUCUACGGGGGCACUCUGCACAUCUCCUACGCCCCCGAGUACGAGUCUGUGGAAGACACCGGGCGUAAGUUGCAAGAGAGGAGAAAAGAAGUGGCCAGACGGUUGAAGAAACUACAGCAGGAAAGUCAUGCAGAGGUGCCCUCUACUUCUCAUGGCAAACCUGCAUCAACAAUGCAAGAUAGCAAUGAUCCUCUGGCUUUGAAGUCUAGCACUCAGACUUCUACAGGCCAGGACUCGAACACAAGCCAGCUAAUAGGUCCUAGGAAACCUGACUCCCUUCCAAAUACAUCCACAGACUCGCAUCAGUCUGUUAAUGAAUCUAGUGUAACGUCACCUGGUGAUCACAGUGAAAAAAUACCAGAGCAACUUCCAGCCCCUCCAAGGACUCUACCCGUUUGGGAAUGGGAAGAUCCGGUCACGUCACGUGACCAGUAUCCACGGCUACCAACAGCCCACGCCACCCUGCCCCGAAAUUUCAACCCCUAUCCCGAUGGUUACCAACCCAACAUACCAGGUAACCAACACAAAAAUAACCUCACACCCAUGUCAAACACUGUUACGAACACUGAGGGGGAACCUGUGACAACCACCGGUGCUUCAGACUUGGGCCAAAUAGGUGGGAGACCGAGAUUCAAACUUGGACGAGACAGUCGUCGUGGCGACAACGCAAAGGAGGAGAAAAACCAAAGGCCUCGGUUGAGAUUUCUGGAGCGUGUUGCUUGGCGGGACAGAAGUGAGACACCAUCUCAGGACGGAACCUCUGCCAAUAACAGGACACGCCCAGUUUCCUUAAAAGGACCACACCCUGAUCAGUGUUCCAACCCACCCGCCCAAACCUCUGGUCCUGUUCCGCCCAACCUGCAAACUUCAUCGUUUGUGCCACGGCAGUUGCUUGGCAAACGGAAGCACACCACAGAAUCCUCACAACCAGAGCAAGCAGGAUUUGGUUUGAGUUAUGAGGGAGGAGCAGGGCACUCUGAGCAGAGGGGGCACGGUGAUACAGGGUUGACGGAGGCAGAGACACCACCUGUCACAGGGGAUGCUUCGUUUGACAGGACUGUGAAGAAUAUCAGGAGGCAGAUGAGAAAUGUUGUUCCAGCACGCAGUCAGGUGGCAAGUGUACAGCAGCAAGUAGCACCUGCACCUCAACCCGCAGCAGCACCAGCAGGUGGGCCAUCAGCUACCAAACGCCCGCGGAUCUAACACAGUAGCAACAGCAGCAGGUGGGCCAUGAGCUACCAAACGCCUGCGUAUCUAACACAGUAACAGCAGCAGCAGGUGGGCCAUCAGCUACCAAACGCCCGCAGAUCUAACACAGUAGCAGCAGCAGCAGGUGGGCCAUCAGCUACCAAACGCCUGCGGAUCUAACACAGUAGCUGCAACAGCAUGUGGGCCAUCAGCUACCAAACGCCCGCAGAUCUAACACAGUAGCAGCAGCAGCAGCUGGGCCAUCAGCUACCUAACGCCUGCGGAUCUAACACAGUAGCAGCAGCAGCAGCUGGGCCAUCAGCUACCAAACGCCUGCGGAUCUAACACAGUAGCUGCAGCAGCAUGUGGGCCAUCAGCUACCAAACGCCCGCGGGUCUAACACAGUAGCAGCAGCAGCAGGUGGGCCAUCAGCUACCAAACGCCCGCUGAUCUAACACAGUACCAGCAGCAGCAGGUGGGCCAUCAGCUACCAAACGCCCGCGGAUUUAACACAGUAGCAGCAGGUGGGCCAUCAGCUACCAAACGCCGCGGAUCUAACACAGUGCUUAUUGUGAUUAAUGUGAUCUGGGAGAUGUGAGCGUGGUGCUCCAUCUGAAAUGGCGACAGUGGAUUGGAUCAAUCUGUAGACAGUUGUACCUUGAGGGUCUUAGAUUUUAGGCUUAACAUGGCAAUACAUUUUGACGGUAAUGACCCUAAGGCUACAUGCUUACAAUUGUGUCUGUUGCUGCCGUGUAGAGUCCCAAAACUAAAAACCACACAGGACGUGUUCACUCAUGUUGACAAACGACUCAUCGUCGCAUCCAGUAACAUGAAUCACAGGCUGAUUUAAAAGACAAGACCAUUUCCGAUGUCGCCCCUCUUUGCUCCAAGAUCCGCAACAAAAUAAAUGUUUAGGAGCCAAGAGUGCAAAUCCCCCGACCUACUUUCCCUAAUGCGACGGAGGAUUAUAGCUGAACUAAGCCGCACGCACACACAUGAGGGGGGGGGGGGGUGAGGAUGAGAGACAACACAAAUUAGGCCGCGGGCGUGUGACCCUAUUCACAGCUCUGUCUUCCGCUUAGACUUAAUGGCAGCUGGCGCUAAGAGUCUAAGAGUUCUGUAAUUGUUCUUAGUAAUCGGUUGAAACCACAGGCACCUAAGUGUUUAGAAUGACUCAGGGGAGCUGAUAAAAACAGGAAGAUAGAAAGCUGAUUGGUUCUCUUUAUUCGGUGCAGGCAUGCGGUUUAGGGCUGUGUUUCACGUGCGGAAUUGUUGUGUAACUUGGAGUUUGAAAGUCAUAAUCAGUUUAUUAUUGGGGGGGGGGGGCCUUAAAACAACAAGUGUUUCUGAAGAGUCUUUUGUAUUGUAGGAAUGUUAAUUAUUCAGGCAUGCAACUUUUCCUCGGAUCUGCUAGUUUUUGACUCCUCAUUAAUGCCAUCACCAAUUGAAAAAUACUGUACAAAGUCUUGAAUGAUUUGGAGUUUCCUCGUUUUUUUUCCCCCUCUAAAUUCCCAGUUGCAUGCCUGAUUAUUACUGGUAUUGAAAGCCGACAAUUUAUCAAAGUGAAAAUACAGCUAUUAGCUUUGAAGCUUGCAGAAACCUUUAAUGCGAAGGUGGUGAGCGAAGGGUGUUUAAUAUUUGAUUUGUAGAAUUUGUUUCAUUGACUUCUAUUUUAUAAGUUAACUUGUGUUUUGCCAUAUAUUUUUUUUAUUAAGUUACUGAUGUAUUCAUAAGACAGUGCUCCUAAUAAAAGUAUUAAUUAUGAGGCCAAUCUGAAAAGUAAAAUGAGACAUGAGAAUUAUAGUCUGAAGUGAAAUCCAUGGAAUCUUGAAAGCCUACUCUCUCUCAGAUUUUUGUUUCUUUUAGAUGACUGUUGGGAAAGUAGACUGUAAGAAAUCGAUUCUUAGAUUUCAGUCUCAAUUAAUGGGAAAAAAAUAUGUUAUGUUGCACGAUUGAAAAAUAUUAUCGUAUUGCAAACCUUGCAUUUUUCUUUUUCUUUAUUCCAAAAUAUGAAUUAUUGUAUAAUUUUGUACUGUAAAUUUGAAGACGAACAUAAUUUGUGGAAAAAUAAAUAUUUUAUGAAAAGAAAA